CGCAUUCAAGUCUCCUCACCUAAAUCCCUAUUUGUAGGGGAACCUGCAACCAUGGCACCAAUCGACAAGAAGAGAAAGAACGGUCCAACAAAUGAGUCCUUUGCGCGGUCCAGAAAACCUGCGGAGGGCGACGAUCGACCCUCGAAAAGACUUCGCCCAGACGAGAAAGACGGGAAACGCACCGCACCAAAGGCCCCUUUGGUACCCAAAAUAUCACGGGUUCGAGAGGAAGAAGCAGCCUUUCCCAGAGGGGGGGCGAGCAUCUUAACACCAUUGGAACAUAAGCAGAUUCAAAUCGAGGCUACCCGAGAUGUUUUGUUCGAGCAAGAAAUUGGGAAAUCUUCGAGGCCCGAACAAGACGGUGGGGGGGAGGAGACUGCUGUACGAAAGAAACACAAGCCGAAAUCUAAAGGGAAGGGCAAGAAGGGAACAGAAAAAGCAGAACCGGAGGAGGAGACUGUCAAGAUUGAGGGUUUAAGUUACAAGCGAAUUGUGCCUGGCUCCUUGAUACUUGGUCAAGUCUCUCAAAUCAACGACCAUGAUAUUGCGCUUUCCCUACCCAAUAAUUUGACCGGCUAUGUCCCAAUUACUUCGAUAUCCGACAAGAUAACCCAAAGGAUCGAAGACAUAGCCGAUGCCGAGGAUGAUGAGAAUGAUGAGGACGAUGAAGUCAAUUCCGAGGGUGUUGAACUUGUGGAGUUGUUCUCAAUUGGCCAAUAUCUCAGAGCCUAUGUUGUUUCAACCAGUGACGACCCAAAUUCGACUUCGAACGGCAAACCUAGGAGAAGAAUAGAGCUCUCACUUCUCCCCCAGCAGGCAAACAACGUCCUUAAGUCACAAAAUAUUAUUGUCAAUACAAUGCUUAUGACAUCGGUAGCAAGUGUUGAAGAUCAUGGUCUUGUCAUGGAUCUCGGGCUUGAAAGCUCUGAUUUGAAGGGUUUCCUGUCUUCUAAGGAACUUGGGCACGGAAUCAAGCUGCCCGAUGUACAAGAAGGGAGAGUAUUUCUCUGCAUGGUAACAGGUCUCAACUCCAGCGGAAAGAUUAUCAAACUGUCUGCAGAUAGGCAGAAAAUUGGCAAUCUAAAAAAGUCCAAUUACCUUACCGAAGCUCCGACUGUAGAUGCUUUCCUCCCAGGUUCUGCCGUCGAGGUUUUGGUUGCAGACAUAACCUCGAGAGGGAUCGUUGGAAAAGUCAUGGGUAUGGUGGACGUUACUGCGGAUCUCAUGCAUUCGGGUGCUGGAGCCAGUGGGAAGGACCUGGAAAAGAGGUACAAAAUUGGAUCAAAGAUCAAGGGGAGAAUCGUUUGCACUUUUCCAGCGGCUGAUCCACCCAAGCUCGGAGUGUCUCUUCUAGAGCAUGUUGUUUCACUGGCUCCACAGCAGGCGAUCAAAAACGGCGAAAAGAAGAAUCCUCUGGAUGUUCUUCCAUUGUCAACCAUCAUUGAAGAGGUUACCGUCCGCAAGGUCGAAGCUGACGUUGGAUUGUUCGUCGAUGUAGGAGUUAAAGGUGUAUCUGGAUUUGUGCACAUUUCCAGAGUCAAAGAUGGCAAGAUUGAAACCCUGUCCGAAUCCGCGGGAGCAUACAAGGUCGGAUCAACACACCGUGGCAGAGUGAUCGGCUACAACUCACUUGACGGAGUCUAUCUUAUCUCUUUAGAGCCCAGUGUUUUGGAACAACCAUUCCUACGCAUUGAGGACUUGACCAUUGGCGAGGUGGUGAAAGGAAAGGUCGAGAAAAUUGUCAUCAACGCCUCGGGUGUUGGCGGCAUCCUGGUCAAUCUUGCCGAGGGAAUUACUGGACUUGUGCCAGUGACCCACAUGUCUGACGUUCAGUUACAACACCCGGAGAAGAAGUUCAAGGAGGGUAUGACGGUGACGGCUCGAGUUCUAUCAACGGACCCAGGAAAACGACAAAUACGCCUGACCCUCAAGAAGAGUUUGGUAAACUCCGAAGCGACACUGUUUCUAUCUUACAAUGAUAUCAAAGUCGGCAUGCACAGCCCUGGUACGAUUGUAAACAUCAUCCCCGCUGGUGCUGUUGUCCAAUUCUAUGGGACAAUUCGGGGCUUCCUACCUGUUUCUGAAAUGAGCGAGGCGUAUAUCCAAGAUCCCCAUCAGCACUUUCGUCUUGGACAAGUUGUGAAUGUUCAUGUGUUGAAGGUCGACCCUGAAGCGGAAAAGUUGACCGUGUCAUGCAAAGACACAUCAGUUUUUGGGCUCGCUCAGCAGAAUGCCAUGAAAAAGCUGAAAGUGGGCGAAAUCGUCUCUGGGGUGGUCACAGAAAAGUCUGACGAUGACAUUUCUGUAGAAUUGCAAGGUCUCGGGUCACGAGCCAUCCUUGCUGUAGGGCAUCUCACUGAUGGGUCUUCAAGUAAGAACCAAUCAGCAAUGAAGAAAAUUCGAGUUGGGCAGACCUUAAUAGACUUGGUCGUUCUCGAAAAGCUCGAGCAGAAGCGCUUGGUUACCGUCACAAAUAAGCCAAGUCUCCUCAAAGACGCGAGAAAUCAUGUGCUGCUCAGAAGUUUUGACGAUGUCAAGCAGAACAAGGUUGUUCAUGGUUUUGUCAAGAACGUAACGCUGACGGCCGUUUUCGUCCAAUUUGGUGGAGGUCUCACUGGUCUUCUCCCAAAGAACAAGUUGACCGAGCGUUCCAUUCGCCUUCCUAAUUUUGGAAUGGCGAAAUACCAGUCCGUGGAAGCCAAGAUCAUCUCAGUGGACCACGGCCAGCAAAGAUUUGCACUAUCCAUGGUCGAUCUUAGCAAUGAGGUACCAACUGAACUUCCGCUGGCCACUGCGUCUGCAGGUAGUGCGCAAGCAGCGGUGAAUUCAGUUGAUCCAACAGUCACAAGUGUAGAUGAUCUUACACUGGGAAGAUUGACGAAGGCAAAGAUCUCUUCUGUCAAAGAUACUCAGAUUAACGUCCAACUUGCCGACAACAUCCAAGGACGUAUUGAUGUUUCACAAUUUUUUGAUACUUGGGAGACUAUCAAGGAUCGAAAGAAACCUCUGCGAUCGUUCUCAUCUAAGCAAGUCAUCGAUGUGCGUGUUUUGGGCAUUCAUGAUGCAAGAAACCAUCGCUUUCUACCAAUAUCUCAUCGAGGCGGGAAGACCUUGGUUUUUGAGCUCUCAGCCAAACCGAGUGAUCAAACAGACGUGGCCCAAGACCCGCUCACUCUUGACAAAGUCAAGGUCGGCUCAUCUUGGAUUGCAUAUGUCAACAAUAUCGGCGACGAUUGCUUAUGGGUCAACCUAUCUCCAAAUGUCCGCGGACGAAUACGCAAUAUAGAUGUGUCGGACGACAUCUCAUUACUUAAAGAUAUGGGAUCCAACUUUCCGGUAGGCUCAGCUAUCAGAGUCCAAGUCACCCACGUGGACGUUGCGAAUAAUCGACUGGAUCUCUCGGCCCGCUCAACCCAGACGUCAGAACCACUGACAUUCAAGAAUCUCAGCAAGGGUAUGGUAGUAACGGGAAGGGUGACAAAGUCAAAUGAAAGACUCAUCAUGGUGCAACUUAGCGAAAGCGUGUCGGGUCCUAUCAACCUCACCGACCUAGCUGAUGACUAUUCGGACGCUGACCUAACAAAAUAUUCGAAACACGACAUCAUUCGCGUCUGUAUCACAGAUAUUGAUGCGCCUAACAAGAAGAUGAGAAUAUCAACGAGGCCCUCGAGAGUUUUGAACUCCUCCCUUCCCGUCCAAGAUCCAGAAAUAUCCUCGAUAUCACAAUUGAAGGUCAACGAUAUCAUUCGCGGAUUCGUGAAAAAUGUGUCUGAUAAAGGCCUGUUUGUCAAUUUGGGGGGCAAUGUAACGGCCUACGUCAGGGUCUCUGAUCUUUCAGAUUCCUAUGUCAAGGACUGGAAGUCCGAAUUUGCAGUUGAUCAGCUUGUGAAGGGUAAGAUUGUUCAUGUUGACACUCAGUCGAACAAUGUCAGGAUGAGUUUGAAAGCUACUGUUCUCGAUAACGACUACGUCGUACCGAUAACAUUUGACGAUAUCAAAGUCGGUCAAGUCGUGACUGGAAAGAUUCGAAAGGUCGAGGACUUUGGUGUAUUCAUCCUCAUCGAUAGCUCAGAUAAAGUCAGCGGCCUUUGCCACAAGAGUGAAAUGGCUGAGAAGCCUGUUCACGAUGUCAAGAAGCUCUAUGAAGAGGGUGACUCGGUCAAAGCAGUUGUUCUGAAGGUCGACCCUGAGAAACGGCGAAUCAACUUUGGACUCAAGGCAUCGUACUUUGAGACUGGUGCAGAAGCAGAGGUAGAAAGUGAUGACGAUGACUUGAGUGGGAUGCAGGGAGUCAAGAUCGGAGAGGACACUGAUGAAAACGAUGAGGAGGGCUCGGAGGACAACAAGCAUGGCGGAAUCGAUCUCGAUGAUGUUGAGAGCAGUGACGGUGGAGCCGAGCAAAAUGAGCAGUCUGACGAAGAAAUGGUCGAUGCUGGUGAUGACUCGGGUGUCGCUGCUCUCAAUGCUGGUGGAUUUGACUGGACAGCUGAUGUCUUGGAUCAGAUUGAAGAGCAAUCAGGUGCGGAGUCGGACGAUGAAGAUGCAGACGAAACCCCGAAGAAGAAGAAGCGCAGGAAGGGAGAAAUCAAGAUCGACAAAACUGGUGACCUUGAUGCUAACGGACCUCAAUCCGUUAGCGACUUUGAGCGCCUUCUCCUUGGUCAGCCAGACUCCGCGGAACUUUGGAUCCAAUAUAUGGCAUUCCAAAUGCAACUCAGCGAGCUUGGCAAGGCAAGAGACGUUGCAGAACGUGCCAUAAAAUCAAUCAACAUUACGGAAGAGACUGAGAAGAUGAAUGUGUGGAUUGCUCUGUUAAAUCUUGAGAACACAUACGGGAGUGAUGAGACUGUUGAGGAAGCCUUCAAGAGAGCUUGUCAAUACAACGAUGCCCAAGAGAUCCAUGAGAGGCUGACCAGUAUUUACAUCCAGUCUGGCAAGCACGAUAAAGCUGAUGAGCUCUUCCAAGUCCUCGUUAAGAAAUUCUCACAGUCGCCCACGGUGUGGUACAAUUAUGCACAUUUCCUGCACACAACUUUAGCAUCACCCGAUCGCGCUCGAGCGCUUCUCCCUCGCGCAACACAGUCCCUUCCUCCUCAUACACAUCUUAAUCUCACCCUCAAGUUUGCUGCCCUCGAGUUUCACUCCUCUUCUGGAUCUCCUGAGCGUGGCCGAACUAUGUUUGAGGGCUUACUGUCGACCUUCCCUAAAAGACUUGAUAUCUGGAAUCAGCUUCUGGAUCUUGAGAUACAGCAAGGUGACCAGGAUAUUAUCCGUGGGGUAUUUGAACGUGUGGUUAAGACGAAAGGUCUCAAGCCUAAGGGUGCCAAAUCUUGGUUUAGGCGGUGGUCUGAAUGGGAGGAGAAGAAUGGAGAUAAGAAAAGCCAGGAGAAGGUCAAGGCGAAGGCUGAAGAGUGGGUGAGAUCUGCGGGCCAGAAGAAGAGUCAACCGGGGGAUGACGAAUAGAUGAGUUCUGAUAUAUUUCUCCGAUUCUGCAUAGCAUUGGAGUACGAAGGCACAAAAGUCCAAAAAUGAUUAGCUAGGAGAAUGGAUGAUGUGAAAC